UCUAAGUUUUAAAUUGUGUUUAUAUCUAAACAAUUUCACAACGUGCUGUAAUAAUGAUAAGCCUCAUAUGAAAUCAAGCGGCCCGCUGAGAUCUGAUCCGUGUGUGUAUUCGCGUCUGACGACAGACAGUUGUGAUCGGACGGGGGAGAUCAGCGAGACGAAGAUCAUGUACAACAGCAGCAGCAGCAGCACACCAUCCUCCUCCUCCUCAUCCGAGGCUGGAGACAUCAGAAGUUCAGUGUUUAGCCCGGGUGAGCCGCUCAGACAGCCGCGCACGUCUCCUCCGGUGUCUGACAGCAGCGCAGAGAGCAGAUCCCCUAUUCCUUCAGGGCACAAUAGCAGCAGUGCUGCAGAUGCGCUUGUGAAAAACUCCAAACUGUCUGCUGCGGCACCUGAGUUUGUCCCGGGCUGUUAUGCAUCAUUCCAGGAUGAUGUGUAUUCCGAUGACUCUGAGGGACACUAUCCCGAGCCCUCAUUGGCUGAUUUCAUUCAGGAUUUCGUAAGCCAUCUGAACUUAUCUCCAGGGUCCUUGGAGUCAGAAAUCGAUUACAUCACAGAUACGCUGAACAGCUGCGUCACCACAGAGGAGAUUCUGCAGGAGCUGGUAGAGCUCAUCUACGUACAGUCCACGUCUAUCCCUAACUUCGCCUACACGGGAGCGCGGCUCUGUAACCAUCUGUCUCAUCACAUCCGUCUCAGUCCAGCCAGCGGUAACUUCAGACAGCUGCUGCUGCAGAGGUGUCGAACCGAGUAUGAGCAGAGGGAGCAGGCCGUGAGAGGAGAUCCAGGCACCCAGAAAAGGUUUCACUCUUAUGUGCUGUUUCUGGGGGAGCUUUACCUUAACCUGGAGAUAAAAAGUGGAAAGGACACACCCGGGCGAGCUAAUGUCUUACUGGGAGCGCUAAAGGAUCUUUUGAACGCAUUAUUCUCUCACCCAGAUGACCCCAACCUAAUGUGUGCUGUCAAAUUACUCAAGCUGAGUGGUUCCAUUCUGGAUGACACGUGGAAGGAGAAAGGCCAGUCAGACAUGGAUGAGGUAAUCAAGAAGAUUGAAGACAUUUGUUUAGAUGCCAAAUGCAGCCGAGACGCCAGGCAGAUGCUGUUGAAACUGUUGGAGUUGCAGUCCAGUAACUGGGGUCGAGUUCACACAGCCGCUGUGAGCAGUGACGCUACACCUGACAACGACCCCAACUACUUUAUGAAUGAACCAACCUUCUACACAACAGAUGGGACGCCUUUCACAGCAGCGGAUCCUGAAUACUCAGACAAAUACCAGGAGAUUCUAGACAGAGAAGACUACUUCCCUGAUGCAUAUGAAGAGAAUGAAAAUGAUUCCUUCUGCGGUGAUGAAGAUGAAAUGGAUCCGGAGAUCGAGGAGGCGUUUGAGAGGUUUUGCAUGGAGUCGGACGCAAGAAGAAAGAAAUGAGAGACUGUGAGAUGGUCAUGUUGACACCACACCCGACCAGCUGGAAUGUUUCGGAGUGGCAAAACCAAGAACGUUUCGGUUGAUUUUCGUUUGAUUUCUCAACAAGCACUUCUUGGCUACAAUGUCACUGGUUUUAAUGGCUGGGAUUACUGUUUAGUUGUAAUGCAGCAUAAUUGGCAAGUCCGUCAGGCAAUCAAGUUGCCUUUGGUUUGUGAGGUUUAUUUUAUGCGUGUUCUGAUUUGUCAAAAAUCCACCAAAAAAGUUUGCAGUGAGAUUUUAAUAUGAGCCGAAGAGUAGCAUCAUCAAGUUUAAGUGUGGCUUGUUUGAGAACUAACUGCUCAAUAUCCAACUAAAUGUAGGAGAAACUGGGUUUUGCAUUUUACUCCUCAAUGCUUUGCCAUGUAGAGUCGAAGAGCACAGGGAGAAAGACAAAAAACGUUUUAAGAAAAUACAAUUUCUUCUGUUCUUCCUUUAUCAGAUUCUCCUCAAACCUUUUUAGAUUUUCAAUUUAUGCAUAUGUUUGAAGAAAAAGGAACCCUGACUUUAUAGUCUGUUUGGUUUUUGGAAUGCAGGAAUAAAGUUUCCAUGUAUGUAAAGUGUAUGAGUUUGGAGGAAAAGCUCAGAACAGGUUUUGAGAGUUUAUACAGAUUCAUCCACCACUGUGAUUUACAGAACUUUUCUCAUCACCAACAUUUCAC